ACGUGUCGUCCCCUUGAACCACGUUUUCAAUCUACCUCGAGGCAACCGGCAGCAGCCUCCACAGCUAGCCUGCCAGUGGGCGCGAGAUGCACCAGCUUCCUCUGGCCGCACGGCCGCCGGCGCCGCGGCCUCACAGUUUUCAGAGGAGGGCAGCCUGCCGCUGCAGCCUGAAGCAGGCGUCUGCUUCUCUCGCAGUGGCCGUGAGACAGUGCGCCGCAGCGCCACUCUUGGCCGCAACGCUCCUCCUCGGCGCCGCCGCGUGUCCGGACUUCCCUGCCGCCACUCCUUCAGCAUUUGCACAAUCACGAGGCGCGGCGCUGUUCCAGAAGGCGUGCAUCGGGUGCCACGAUACCGGAGGGAACAUCCUACAGCCAGGAGCCACCCUCUCCAUGAAGGAUCUUGAGAGAAAUGGAGUUGCCACAGAGGAAGAGAUAUACAACAUCACGUACUACGGGAAGGGGAGGAUGCCGGGUUAUGGAGAGAAUUGCACCCCGAGAGGGCAGUGCACCUUUGGGCCCCGGCUAGCUGAAGAAGAUAUCAAGAUGCUGGCAGCGUUUGUCAAAUCACAAGCCGAGAACGGGUGGCCAAAGAUCGACAGCGAUGUCGAGUGAUCCGAGUAGAAACCGAACACGAGGUGCUAGCUCUACUUCGUGAAUAGCUGAGAGGAGCCGGCUGGAAAAUAUACUUGUCGACGCAGCUAGGGCCGUUUGGAUUAAAGAAUUUUUGGAGGAAUCCCAUCCAUAAGAUUUGUUUCUAGCGAAGCCGAAGGAAUGACGUCUCCAAAAUUUCUAUGGAUUGCAUUUCUACACCUUUAUCCCAUAGAAAUUUCAACAUCCACUUAACUUUUCUUUACACUCGUUCGCGUAGGACCAAGACAAUUUUCCUAUGUUUUUUCUAUUUUCCAUCCAAAUGACUGUUCCUUGUAUGUUCCUCCGUUUUGUAUACAUAUCUCAUUAUUAUUUUUUGUA